UAGGACCUUGUGGCAGCCAAGCAACUCAAAAAUAAACUAGGGAGGGAGGGAGUUCACUGUUCAGCUGAGGAAUUGGAAGUGAAACUCACAUGUAAACUGUCCAUGCAAAAAUACCCUUGCACUGGAUGGCUGGUAGCUGUACAGCUCUAAAUUCUUUGUGCUGAGAUUUUCCUCUGUCCAUAGCAGUAAACGUCGAUUUAUGUGUUUUAUCACCAGUGUGCAGAGAUGGACAUGGACCGUCAAAAGCGCCAGGAGGGCAUUCAGAACGCCCUGGGAUUCAUACAGUCUUCUUUGCCUUAUCCAAAGCCUGAAGGCUAUAAGGGGUUUCUGACCCAGUUGGUGUGUGACCUGCUGGAUGAGGGAAAUGCAAUGUUCAGGGAGGGUGAGUGGCAGCAGGCCAUAAAGGACUUCAGUGAGGGUGUUAACGUGGCCCACUAUGCCCAGGCUGAGUCUCUAGAAAUUCCCUCAGCCCUGCUGGAGAGUCUGUAUUUCAACAGGGCAGCAGCCUACCACAGCAUGGGGGAGUAUGAGCAGGGUGUGCAGGACUGUGACAGUGCGCUGGCGCUGUGCAAAGACAGUUGCAGGGCACUCUACAGGAAGGCUCUAUGCCUGCGGGAGCUGGGCCGCUUCAGAGAGGCCUACAACUGCAGCACGGGCUGCCUGCUCACUACGCCUAACGACAAACAUGUGUAUGAGUUGGCACAGGAGCUAGCUAACAAACUGGGCCUGAAGAUACGCAAGGCCUACGUUAGCACACAGGAGUCGGCCACAUCUGAGCAAAGUAAUGGGAACACAGUUCCUUUUGCAGGAGAGAUGUAUGGCAGUGGUCUGGAUUCCUUAAGUGACAUUUCAUCAGUUGUUUUCUCCUGCAAGCCUCUAUCUGCCACUAUCCCAGUUAGUGAUGAAUCCUCUCCCUCUGGUCCUCUGGUCUACUCCAACCUUCUGGGUAGCCCUGUCCAAGGCCCUCGGGGGUUGCCCUUCUCUGUGCCUGAGUCAGAGCACCUGGGUGACAGUGAGCUGAUGGGAGAUGAUCUAGACAGCCUGCUGGACUGUAUUCCCCCUCAACGUGCCUUUCCCAUCAUCCUCCCCAGCUCAGCUUGUGUCCCCAUCCAGCUCCCGUUUCCCUCAGGCCUGCCCGCACCCUCGCCCCGGCUCCCCCCAGCCUUCUUCAACUCAGCCAUCAGCCAGCUCAACUCUCUGGACACCUUCCCAGGCAUGGGUGGGGAGGAUGCCCUAGGUGUGCUGAACUCUUUAGAUGGCCUUGAUGCACUAGACUCUCUAGAUACUUUAAACAACCUGGACACCCUUUCAGACCUUGGUGGUGGGGAUGCCCCGGCUCCCACAACAGCACUCUAUUCACUUGAUGCCUUAGAUGCCCUGGACAGUUUCUACCCACUUGGGGAUGCAAUAGCAGCCAAACCGGUGGGGGGAGGGGGGCUGGACUCCCUCUCUAAGUUCAACCUGCCUGGUGCAAGAAUCUCCCACAAUGUUCUCUCUGCAACAUGUUCGCCCAAGAAGUCCAAACGCACAGUGGUAAAGAAUGGCCAGGUCUCCUCCAAGCUCUCUCAGCUUAUCAAGAACCCCCUAGCAGCCACCCAUGACUUCAUGCAGGCCUGUGCCACGUGCUACAGCUGGAUCGGUCCAGGGGUCCUGGACUACCAGCACCAGGCAGAAUUGGCCCACCGUUGUAAGCGGGACAUUCUUCUGUGUAGGAUCAGGGCUGCAGAGCACCCUGUCUGGAACAGGGUGCGACCCCGCCCCACACACAAUUUUACUGGGGCGUUUAUGCUCUGCAAGGAGGUGCUGGAGACUCAGAAGUGUAAGUACAGGGCGGGCUGUACGUUUGCCUACUGCCAGGAGGAAGUAGAUGUGUGGACCCUGGAGAGGAAGGGAGCCCUGAACAGAGAGCUGCUGUUUGACUCACAGAGCCCCAACAAUGACAGGCCCACACUCAGCAUCAAAUGCCUUCUGCAGCUCCACAAUGGCAUGUUCAUGUACCUCUGUGAGGAGUGCUAUGACAGUAAGCCCAGGAUCAUCAGUAAGCACAGUAAGGAGGUGCCGUCCACCUGCUCCAACCCCUGCGCCCGACACCCAUUCGACAAAAACAAGUGCCUGGUGCAUGCGGUGAGGUCCAGCAGCGUGCACUACACUAAGAUCCGCCCGCUGUAUACCCAGUGCCAGUUGGACGUGUGCCGCCAUGCCCGGCGCUACGGCUGCCAGCGAGAGGACAGCUGCUCCUUUGCCCACUCUGUCAUAGAGCUCAAGUGCUGGAGGCUGCAGCAAGACUCUGGCAUCACUCAUGAAGAAAUUGUUCAGGAAUCCAAGCGACACUGGCAUAAACAGGAGCAGAACACGCACAAACCCAAGCCGGUGUACAUGCCACCACCAUCUUCAUCCUCAAGUGGUGGAGGAGGCUAUAGCUUGAACCUGAAGAGGAAGUUUGUUUGUGGUCAGUGCUGGAGGGACGGGCUGGUCAGCGAGCCGGACAAAGCGCUUAAGUACUGUGCAGCCAAGGCCAGGCACAGUUGGACAAAGGAGCGUCGGGUGUUGUUGGUGAAGUUCUUCGAGGGAAAGAAGUGGGUGAUGGUGCGGACGUUGCCUUUUGCCAAGACCUACCCCCAGCAGUAUGACAUAUGUGCUCAUGUGGUGAAGCAGAAGAAGUGCCACUACAUUGGGAACUGUGCCUUUGCCCACAGUGAAGAGGAGAAGCAAGUAUGGACUUAUAUGAAGAACAAUGGCUUGAAGGAUAUGCAGCAGAUGUACGACAUGUGGCUUACAAAUCAAAACCGUCCGGCGGAUGACACCCUGAUCACCCAACACACAGAGGAGAAGCAAAUUGUCAUGCCAACCGACUAUGCCGAGCCAAUGAGCGGCUUCCACUGUCGUCUGUGUGGGAGGCAUAGUAACAGUGAGCGCCAGUGGCAGCAGCACAUCUCCUCAGAGAAACACAAGGACCGUGUAUUCAGCUGCGAGGGAGAGGACGAGAGCCUCACCUGGACAUACCGCUUCCCCGGACUCCGCCUCGCCCUUUGUCCCAGGCUGGAGAGUGGCUGUCUCGAGGGGGUGAGCUGUGACUACGCCCACAGUGCUGAGGAGCUGGUGGAAUGGCAGGAGAGGCGGGAAUUCCUGCGGCGGAAGCUGGCCAAGGCCCGUGAAGACAUGCUCAUCAUGCCAGACGAGUUUGACUUUGGGAAGUACAACUUUCUCCUGCAGGACUGAAGCCCCUGUCCCCUAUGUGAGACACUUGUACCUGUAAACAGACAGCAGUCGUCUGUUUUGUUGAAAACCCUGGGGGGUAUUUUCUUCAUUAGUUAACAGUUAAUACAGUUUAUACCUGUUUGAGCUGGUUAGGACUGCAAGUGCCUUAUUUGUCCAAUAUUUUCAAAAUGGCUUAACAAAUGAGAUCUUGGUGCCUAAUUUGAGUGGGGGAAAAAGUAAUUUAGCACUGCCAUUUAACAAAACCGUACCGAUCAAAUAUCUCCAUUACUAGUCUGUUUACUCUAUGCAUGUCUUAUUGAGGGAUAUUAAGAAAUCAUUUAAGCUUGCGUUCUGAUUGGACUCUUUAUACAACCCUCAAACAUUCACAAAUGUUCUUCCAUCAAAUGAAAACAGAUUUGCUGGAAGGCACAAGUUAUUCACUUUCACUUUGUUAAUGUGUCUUAUGUCACUUAAAGCUGCAAUGUGUAACUUCGGUGACCUGAGCAAAUUUACAUAGAAAUGUUAGUUAUAGAGCUGUCAUUCUCAUAGAACAGAUCAUUCAAUGUGCCCUAUUUCUAUGCUUAAUGUUCUUAAGUUUUGUUUUGUACACCAGCUUCAAACAGCUGAAAAUACUAUAUUUUUGGUUAUUGGAAAGAUAUUUCACAAUUAAGAUGGUACAAUGAUUCUCUACAUUUGCUUGUUUUGUCACAAACUGAAAUUAGGCAAAGUAUUUUAAUUUUAGCAACCAGGAAAUUGUCAGUGAUUUCUGUAUAUUGCAUCUUUAAAGAAUUUGCUGCUGCCAUUGUAGACAGACAAACAUUACAGAAUGUGAUCUUAGUAAUACAGGGGUACUGCAGGAUGUUCAUGGAAAUAUAUAAAAACACAUUUUAUUUCAAUGUUUUAUUCAAUAUUGUGAGCAACAAGAUUACAUUUUUUUUUAAAUUAGACAUACAAUAUGAGGAUAAUACCUUAUUUCUAAUGAUGUGAACUUUAUUUCUCAACUCCUAAUAUUGAGCUAAUUGCACUCACAGGACAGUGUUUCUCCUAUAUUCAUUUAGAUAUGAUGAAACAUUUUUGGGCUGGUAAAACGUUUUCAGUGUAAACAAAAACUAAACUAGAAAAGACAUAAUGGGGCUAUAUAUUUUAAAUAAGAUCAUUUAAGAACAACCACCAAAAUAACUAACAUAGAAAGGGAAAAUCUAAAAUUCAAAACAUUUCAUGGAAUUAGAUUUGAAGUCACUCCAAUAGCAUAAGAACAUGUCGUAAGCCAUGGCAAAAUGGGUAGAAUUUCAGAAUUUGCUUUAAAACUGCAAAUUUUCUGUCAGCGACACACGUAUAUGCCAGAGUUGGCGUGGGUUUGAAACCUGCCCACUAUCCUUUGACUCACCCUGUCUUUCACAUUGUACUCUCUUCAAUAAAGCAAAAAUUAUGAAAGGAAUGGGACUGCCACACUCUUUCCAAAAAGAAUUGCUUAAACUUAAUUUUCUCUCAGCCUGAUGAUAAAAUGUGUGGAAUUGCAGGAAACUAGCUUUAAAACAGUAACAUUUUCUCUCCGCCUCAUGACAAACAAAAAAUACAAAAUUUGUCUCUGCGGUCAAGAGGAGGGCCUCUACAAUUAGCGGUCGGACUCUACCACGCCUACCACUACUACUGGCUAAAUAGAUUGAGGAUGCUAACUAAGGCCUUACCUGUGGGUAUAUAGUUGAUCUAUAAUUUAAUAUCCAAUACAAGGGAGAUUGGAGGUUCCUCAAAUGUGCCUGUAGUAGUAGUAGUUCCUAUCUAGCUAUAGACUCACUCAUGGUAUGCUGAAGACAAGAUUAUUAUCUGCCCAGUAAAUUUGAAGAUGGGAAUAAUGUAUCUCCGCAAAUCUAGUCCUGCACAUUAAUACAUAUCGAUGUUGGCAAACAAUAGGUAAUAACACGGUAGUUAAACCUGGCAAAAAUAAUCUUAUUGGUUUUUAUACCUUCGUUCUUUGUUACCAAAUCAUACUUUGUAUUGUUGGGUUCAGAGUAUGCUUCUGGGUGUGUCAUUCCUGUUUUGCAAGGGUGAUGGCCUAAAAACUAAGACUGUCAUUCUAAAUAAGGAGAGGGAGAAUAGAUAAUUCAGAGUUGUGCAGAUGAGAGCAUUUAGCCUGUAACCCUAGAAGUGGAAAGAGGCAGUGAAGCAUACGUAGUCUGAGCAUUUUCUGUUAUUCUGUAUGUCAAUCGAGACACUGAUUUUAUUUUUUUUUAUAUAUAUUUUUAUUUACAUGUAUUAUUUAACUAGGCAAGUCAGUUAAUAACAAAUUCUUAUUUUCAAUGACGGCCUAGGAACAGUGGGUUAACUGCCUUGUUCAGGGGCAGAACGACAGAUUUUUACCUUGUCGGCAAGGGGAUUCGAUCUUGAACCUUUUGGUUACUAGUCCAACGCUCUAACCACUAGGCGACCUGCCGCCUCAGUAUGAUAUGACAUAGUUGUAUGGUAUGUGUUCAUUUGUGGAUUUCCAUCACCCGUACAAUAUGUUCCGAAUUAGCAAAAUGUAUGGUAUGUUACAAAUUCUAGCUAGGCGUCUAAUGUUAGCUAGGCUAGGGGUUAGAGUUUAGGAGGUAGUAAGUUGUUCAGAAGUUGCUGAAAUUGUCUAUGAUGAGAUUUAAAGUAGCAACCUUUGGGUUGCUAGACAUUCAUGUUAUAUGCCCACCCAUCCACCUUACUUUAGUUUUUGUCUUAAGUAACCAUACCAAACGUAACAUACUAAUUUGAGUGUCCCGGAUAUACAUUUACUAUGUUAGUCUGAGACCAGGCUGGGUAAGGGUGGGGGUAACACGCUCACUUUUGGGGGGGGGGGGGGGGGUUCUCUUGAAAUAAUAUUGAAUGUUCUGUAUACAUCACUGGUAAUUAUGUUAGUGUUAGUUUAUAAGCAACACACUGGAAGUGUGUUGAAUACCAGCUUUAGCCAGUAUAGAGAGGUAAUGGAUACUCUCGGAAUGAACCAAAUAGAAGGUUUAGUUUGUUACUAAAUACUAUUUCGAUGACAAUUAUUAUGGCUAUAACGAUUUUGAUUUACAACAUUCUAAAAUAAUCUAUAGAGUGGGAAGUGGUAUGUUUCCUACUAUACAAAGUCAGUGAGCUGGAUCCUGUUGAUUUGCCAUAGGUCAGUGUUGUCCAAACUCUGAACGUUUUGGUUUUUGCCCUGAUACUACACAGCUGACUCAAAUUACCAAAGUUGGAUGAUUCGUUUAUUUUUUGAAUCAGCUGUGUAGUGCUAGGGCAAAAACCAAAACGUGCACCCCUUGGGGUCCCGAGGACCAAGUUUGGGAAACUGUUACAUAGGUUUUGUCCUGGAUUAAAUUAUUCUAAUCAAGAGUGAAUCACAUUGACCUUUAUCACAUCCAUCUAUGUCAUUGAACUGAUUGCACCACAAAUAUCUAUCUACCUAUGUUACUUUUUUUCAGGCAAUUUAAUCCUUGCUGGCUGGAAACAGUUCUUGAAACGGAAGUACCCCCUCUCAAAGCCAUCAAAAUGACCCCUUUAUAAAAGUGCACCCUUGUUAAACAGUAUUCACACUGCUCUCGUGACCACGCACUAUUUUAUUGUAGCUGCCAUACUGAUUGAACAGAUGGUUAGAGACCGCAGCGUUUGUGCAUUUAAUUUCCAAAGUCAUGGGUUGGUAAGAAUGGGUUGUAUACUAGACUUAAGAAAACAAUAAUUAAUUUUAUUUUGUGUGAGCUAUUGACCAAAUCUGACAUGCUAAAUAAAACUAUUUUUGAGAGGGAAUAGAUGCCAGAUCCUUUUUUACAGUUGACAGUUUGUUAUGGUUGUGUAAAAUUAAUAAAUUACAAUAAGUAACA